AUGUUUGCACCAAAACGCUGGCUCAAGAAGCCCGCAAACGCGGCCUGCAAACGCUGGACGUCGAUCCACGUGUUCAACCGCGACAUGAAGCUCAAACAGCGCGAGCGAGCCGCGCGCGACGAAGAAAGCCAGAUGGUGGAGUAUAUCAGGGACGAGGUUGCAAGACGCACAAUCGAGCGGCUGGCGUUCCUGAAAACGCCGUUCUCGACGGUCAUGGACUUCGGCUGCAACGCAGGCAACCUCGAGCGCCAAUUGUGCGACGUUCGUCCCGACGACGACAAGCGAUGGCGCGACGAUAAAAACCUUGUGCGAUCCAAGAUCGAGAAAAUUUACAUGGUGGACUCGUCGCAGAACAUGCUAGACAAAUAUAGAGACGCCCCGUUCAACUCGAUGCUGAACAUCGAGCGCAUCAAUGCGGACGAGGAGGCGUACGCGCACCCGCUGCUUUUGAAAAAGGACAUGUUCAACGUGAUUGUGUCCAACUUGUCGCUGCACUGGAUCAACGACCUGCCGACGGUCUUUAAGAAAUUGUACAACUCGCUGCAGCCGAACGGGUGCUUUGUCGGGUCCAUGUUUGCCGGCGACACGCUGUUCGAGCUGCGCACGGCGCUGCAAUUGGCCGAGAUGGAGCGCUGCGGCGGUCUUUCGCCGCGUGUGUCGCCGUUCGUGGAGUCGUCCGACGUCGGCACCCUGAUGCAAAAAGCCGGCUUCCAGAUGCUCACGAUCGACGUCGAGGAGAUCAUCGUGGAGUACCCGGACGUGCUGGCGCUCAUGAAGGACCUGCAGCUGAUGGGCGACCGGCAGCACGCGGCAGUGCAAACGUGA